AAGAAUUUUGGUUGGAAAAAGCCAACAAUAAGCUGAAAAGACGGAUCACCUCAAUGUUCCUAAUGGUCUUUGUUUUGGGUGCAUUGAUCGCCCUCAAUCGGUACAUUUGAUGAAAACGGAAUUCUAAACAUAUGUAUAACAGUAAAUCCUCGUAAAGAUGGAAGAAAAGCAGUAUACGUCACUGACGGUUCCUACGGAUUAUCUCCAACAGUGGUACCAGUCCACCCAGCAGCACCCGCAAGCUCAACAUGUGAUGCAGUACCACAACACGGGCCACAUGGGUCACUACAUGGAGGGAUCCAGAGAAGACCGGGUCAUGACGGAACUGUCAGUCCACCAGGAGCUCCCUGUCCACCAGGAGCUGGACUUCCAUCACGACUUCCUCGGCCAUCAGGAGCCCAUCGUCCAACACCAUCAACCUGUGGAAACGUCACAAGCACCAACGCCGGGGAAGAGAAAGAGAGGUCGGCCUCCCAAACUGAAGCCAGGGGAGGGCCAAGCGCAGGAAGACCACGAUCAAGCAGAGGCCUUAAAAAAAGCCAAAAGAACCCUGAACCGCUUCAACGGCAUGUCUGUGGACGAGGUUAUGGCCAAAACCCUGCCAGACAUUAUAGACCACAACCUGGACAUUUUGAUUAUUGGUAUCAACCCAGGACUAUUGUCAGCAUUUAAAGGACGCCAUUACCCAAACCCAGGAAACCAUUUCUGGAAAUGCCUGUUUCUCUCUGGUCUUACCGAUGAGCAGCUCAAUCACAUGCAUGACCAGAGCCUACCGGAGAAGUACGGUAUUGGCUUUACCAACAUGGUGGAGAGGACGACCCCAGGAAGCAAAGACCUCUCAAGCAAAGAGUUUCGUGAAGGAGGCCGGCAAUUGGUGGAAAAGCUGAAGAAAUACAAACCACUAAUUGCAGCUUUCAAUGGAAAAUGUAUAUAUGAAAUCUUCAGCAAAGAGAUCUUCGGAGUGAAGGCAAAGAAUCUUGAGUUUGGCUUACAGCCAUACAAAAUCCCAGAAACCGAAACAGUGUGCUACUUGAUGCCUUCGUCAAGCCCUCGCUGUGCCCAGUUCCCCCGUGCUCAGGACAAGGUCCACUUCUACAUAAAGCUGAAGGAGCUCCGGGACAAUAUAAAGGGUGUGACCCCAGCCCCCCGGGAGGUGCAGGAGACGGAUUACCACUUUGACUUGGGACUUGCCAAAGAGGAUGCUAAGAGGAUGGCCAUCAAGGAGGAACAGGUGGAUCCGGAGUACGAGAACUGUGGUGGGACACACGAGGAGGCACGGCAAAGCACUAGCUACUGCAACAUUUCCUCCACCAAAGACACCAGUACAACAAUGCCCACCAAGAACCAUGCUACCACCAUGAGCCAGAUGCCAUACGACCAGUGGAUGACACAGUCGUUUGCGGACCAGAUACCGGACAUUAGCUGUAACAGUAGCAAUGUACCUCAACCUCAACCUCAGUUGGGAGCAGAAACGUUUUGAAGAAAGCUCCACGAGAAGAUUAUUCAUGUCACACCGUUUCUGAGGCAUCAUAAUGCAUGCGUUACACUAGAAGGAAGACAGAGGAGAAAUGGCCCAUCUUGACUGGACUCCCAUUUUCAAAUCCUCUCUUUAAAACACAGCCCAUCUUUUGUCCUCAUUUUUAUAACUAUUUAUUGCAUUUCAUACAUACAGCAUGUGUCCAGUGUCUUAUUUUUAUAUUUUUAAAGAAUGGGAUUUUGUCAUAUCCCUCACUUGUACAUGUGGAAGUGUAAUUGUGCUCUGGAAUUUUCAAGUUUGUUAUUACAGAGAUAUUAAAUCAGUUGUAAAACUGACAUUUACAGUUAUUUUGUGUGAUCACAGAAUGUAUUGCUGUACAUUGUUCAUAACUGAAGUGAUCAAGUAGUAUAACAUUUAAUGAAAAGAAUCGGUGCCUGACAGUCCCAGAAAGACAUGGCUACACCGUACCAAAAGAUAUUGCGAUGGAAACGAAGACAAGUGUUUGUUGUUGGACAAAUUCAAAUAGUGCCUACCCAUUUUUGUCCGUCUGCUACAUUUUAUACUUCACCGUUUCGGACCAUUUGUUACAUUUUGUACCUCCUCACUGGGCCAGUUUGCUAAGUUUCUAGGGAGUUAGAUUGUGGAAAUCUCUAGAAAAAAGUGAACUGAAACCCAAAACAUAGGUAUACUCAAUCACAAGGCCUGACAAGCAAAGAGGCUAUGCCAACCUUCCCAUCCCAAGAGAAAUAAAGUAUAAAUCCCUACAUUUAUGGAAGUUUUUAAGGGAACUUCUUACUAUUACUGAGGUGAUUGCCCCCUUGUGCCGAAUGCACCAUGUCAGAAAGUGAAUUAAUAUGCUGUGUUGUCUCACAAUAUUGCUUAACCGUGUUGUUAAAAGAAUGGAUAAUAUGGAGUAGACUUACAUGCUUCCUUUCUUUCAAUUUUUCCUACAGCC